AUGGAUUCACCUACCCAAUCCCAGCAGCAGCAAUCGCACGACAGUAGCCAACCUGGCACUCCAAACACCCCCGGUGGCGAUUCUGCUUCAGAACAAUCCCCGAGUAGUUCUGCUGACCCAAAGAAGAAGAGAACAGGUCCAAAGCGACGCAAGGUGACCCAUGCAUGUGUGUAUUGUAGACGCUCUCACAUGACAUGCGAUGAUGGUCGUCCUUGUCAGAGGUGUAUCAAGCGUAGUAUAGGCCACAUGUGUCAUGAUGAAGCUAAGAACCCUAGUACAGCACAGUCUACACAGUCUGCAAAAAGAUCCUCGUCUACAUCUACACCUGUAACCACUGCUAUGAGUACAAAUGGAGUAAAUCCCGCAAACAACAACUAUAUGUCUUUGGCAAAUAUGUCUGGUACUAAUGGAACCAAUACCAAUUUAGGUGGAUUACCACUUCAAUUCUUUGGGCAAAUGGGUACCGGACAACUUACAUUUGCAAGUGAGCACAUGGGUAAUGAAAUAUCGGUUAUAAGAAAGCAAUUUGGUGACUCAAUUUUAAUGGGUGUACUUUUAGCGAUUUUCUUGAUUCACUUGGCACAACAGCAACAUCAUCAUCAUCAACAACAUCAGCAACACCAAAACCAUCAGACACAACCAAAUACGCCUACAUCUGCUGUAAAUACUGCCGAGAAAUUCUUCUUGACGGCUGCUGAUCCAUCAGAUGGUAAACUGGAAGACCGUUUAACAGAAGUCAUCAAUGCGAAAUACGAAGCCGGAUUUUUGAAACCCUACAACUAUGUCAAUGGAUAUGCACGACUACAAAAAUACAUGGAUAAUAAUAUGUCUGCAUCAAGUAGGCAGCGUAUAUUGAAUGUCAUGGGCACUUUUCGUCCUGCAUUCAGAUCUGUAGCACAGUCUUUGACAGACAUCGAUUUAAUUCUAGUAGAAGAGGCCUUUGAGAGGCUUUUAUUGGACUACGAUCGUGUGUUUAGCUCAAUGGGAAUUCCAGCAUGCCUUUGGCGUCGAACGGGUGAGAUUUACAAGGGAAACAAAGAGUUUGCUUCACUUGUGAAUGUACCCAUCGAAACCUUGAGAGAGGGGCGUCUGUGCAUUUAUGAACUAAUGGCAGAAGAAUCUGCAGUUAAUUACUGGGAGAAAUAUGGCAACAUUGCUUUUGAUCCCGGGCAAAAAGCUGUCCUGACAUCGUGUCUUUUGAAAAGUCCUGAUCCAGAAAACACCAGCGUAAUUUCAUGCUGUUUCUCAUUUACCAUCAGAAGAGAUAAAUACAACAUCCCGACUGUUAUUGUAGGAAACUUUUUACCAGUACAGCUCCAAUAA